AUGGUACAAACAAGGAUGGAAGCUAGACUAGACAGCUUGGAGAAAGGCUUUGAAAGCCUUUUAGAGAUGAUGCAGAACAUUAACCGGACGCUGCAGCAGAAAACAAAUUCUACUGGAGAAAGUGACGACGGAGGAACUCAGGGGGAAAGAAACGGCAUGAGAAAGGGUUUGUGGGAGGACCGGUGGAGGAGAUUGGAAAUUCCAAUCUUUGUGGAAUCCUUACCGGAGUUGAUGGACUAUGCCCAGGGAAUUGAUGAGAACAAGGUGAUAAAUAAUGAAGGGGGGUGGAAUGAUAAAGGAGGAAAUCGCCCAAGAAGUUAUCAACCGGCAAGAACGGUCACAUGGAAUGGAGGGAAUAAUACAACCGGAGAAAAUUAUCCAGUCGGAGGAGCUAGUUCAGCUGGAGCCAACUUUAAGGAUCUCACAUUAAAGUUACCUACCAGCCAAGGAACCAUGGUCUUGAAAGGAGAAAUAGCCUUGUCCAGAACUGAAGCAUCGUUUCAGUCAAUAAUUCGAGCAUUACGGGAUGAAGGCCAAGGUUUUUUCCUGGAAUGCAAAAAAAUGAUUCAAGAGCCAGAUAAACCGCCAGUAUUCCAACUGGAAUUCAGAAGAUUUUAG